AUGAAGACGAAUGCAUGGAGACCGGCAGUUUGGCCACUAAAAUCGGGCCAGCCGAGCACUUGCACCCUCAACUCACUUCGAAAACAACUCUUACGACCAACACCAACCUCCCGUACCCUUCACACAGCUUCUCACUCUCUUCAUCCAACACUUUCACCUACACCAUCAAUACCUCGUCAAAACUUCACCACCUCCAUCCCCAUCUCCACCAAUGACACGUCUCGCUACGGCCCACAAAAUGGCGACUCAAUCACGAUAGCCCUCUCCGGCGGAGUAGAUUCAUCAGUAACCGCCCUUCUUCUCGCCCAAUCAUCCCUCUACUCCCUUUCCGCAGUCUUCAUGCGGAACUGGAACGAACUUGAUGAAUCCGGCUCACUCCAACCCGGUUCCGGUGGCUCCUCUGGUUGUAGCUGGCAGAAGGAUUGGGAAGACGUUCAAUCUGUCUGUCGUCAUCUCGGUAACAUUCCGGUUGAAAUGAUCGACCUUAGCAGGGAGUAUUGGACACAAGUCUUCGAACCUGCUUUAGACGAUUGGAAGGAAGGUGUGACGCCAAAUCCUGAUGUGGGGUGUAACAGGGAGAUUAAGUUCGGUGCUCUCAUGGAUCGCGUUCUCUCCCCUCCCCUCGGAGUUCAGGGAGGGGGGAAGAGUUGGCUAGCAACAGGACACUACGCCAGCAUAAACUGGAGUAACGAGGGAAGACCAAUGCUGUAUAGAGCAAGAGAUAGAACAAAGGAUCAGACUUACUACCUUUCAAACGUAGGGGAGCAACGGUUGAAACAUGCGCAUUUUCCACUGGCAAAUCUGUUGAAGAGUCAAGUGAGGGAGUUGGCGAAGAAGUAUGAUCUGCCUACGGCGGGUAGAAAGGAGUCUAUGGGGAUUUGUUUCAUUGGUACUCGUGGAAGCGAUGGCAAGUCUAUAUCCAAUAAGGAAGGCUUUAGCUCUUUCCUCAACGGCUACAUCACUUCUUCUCCGGGGGAAAUUGUUGAUGGAGAUACAGGAGAAAUCGUCGGCAAACACUCCGGCUUACACACACUCACCGUCGGCCAAGGCGCACGCAUUCGUGGUGCUCUCUCAAAGUAUUACGUCGCUCGGAAAGACAUCAAAGAGAACAAGAUCGUGGUGGUUCAGGGCAAGGGGCAUCCGAUGUUGAUGUGUACUAGACUAUAUGUGAGCGGCGUCGGUUGGAUAUGGAACGAGCCUCCGCCAGAGCUGAAGGAGGGUGGAGAAGGCCAAGUGAAGCUUUUGGCUCAGGUGAGGCAUCGACAGAUGGAAACGGAAUGCAUUGUAAAGAGUAAGCAAGGAGAAGGGUAUGUAGUGGAAUUCGAGGAGCCAGUGUUGGCGGUUGCACCAGGUCAAGUGCUGGGGUUGUGGAGAGGGACCUGGUGUUUAGGAAGUGCGCAGAUUGAGCGAGUUGAGACGCUAUACGACGAUCAGCAGCAAGACACUUUAGCAGCUUUAUAG